AUGGGCUGCUGUGGCUGUUCCGGAGGCUGUGGCUCCAGCUGUGGGGGCUGUGGGAGCUGUGGCUCCACUUGCUGCUGCAAGCCCGUGUGCUGCUGCAAGCCCGUGUGCUGCUGUGUGCCAGCCUGUUCCUGCUCCAGCUGUGGCAAAGGAAGUUGUGGCUCCUGUGGCUGCUCUAAGGGAGGCUGUUCCUCCUGUGGGGGCUGUAAGAGCAGCUGCUGCAAGCCCUGCUGCUGCGAGUCCAGCUGCUGCAAACCCUGCUGCUGUGAGUCCAGCUGCUGCAAGCCCUGCUGCUGCGAGUCCAGCUGCUGCAAACCCUGCUGCUGUGAGUCCAGCUGCUGCAAGCCCUGCUGCUGCGAAUCCAGCUGCUGCAAGCCCUGCUGCUGCCAAUCCAGCUGCUGCAAGCCCUGCUGCUGCCAGUCCAGCUGCUGCAAGCCCUGCUGUCGUGAGUCCAGCUGCUGCAAGCCCUGCUGCUGCGAAUCCAGCUGCUGCAAGCCCUGUUGCUGCCAGUCCAGCUGCUGCAAGCCCUGCUGUUGCAAGUCCAGCUGCUGCAAGCCCUGCUGUUGCGAGUCCAGUUGCUGCAAACCCUGUUGCUGCGAAUCCAGCUGCUGCAAGCCCUGCUGCUGCCAGUCCAGCUGCUGUGUCCCUCCCUGCUGCAGCCAGUCCAGCUGCUGUAAACCCUGCUGCUGCCAGUCCAGCUGCUGCAAACCCUGCUGCUGUGAGUCCAGCUGCUGCAAACCCUGCUGCUCUUCAGGUUGUGGUUCAUCCUGCUGCCAGUCCAGCUGCUGUGUUCCUGUGUGCUGUCAGUGCAAGAUCUGA